CUGACAGAAUGGCUCCGGUGAACCAGCCAAAGGAUAAGCAAGAGAGGACACAUGAGCAUUGGGCGGAAGAGGCAAAAUCAGCUGGGAAGAGGAAACCGGACUACGAGGAACUAGGGAAUGAGCCACAAGCAAAGAAGUUGGUUGUGAGAAAAACAUCCAAACCCGCAGAGAAAAUUGGUUGGAGUGGAGGUGGGUCCGUGGUGAGAAACAACAGAGUCCUUUUCCAUCAGCUGGAGCGGCAGCGCAGCAUUGUUCAUUAUGUCUACCAGAACAUGCUGGGAGGCUCCAUUCGGGCACAGCUCAGACAGUGUCUGCAGCUGCCUUUUCUGCGUUCUCUCGCCUCAUACCGCCUCUUUCGAACAGCAAGUCCCUUUGACAGGAGAGUGACAUGCCUGGAAUGGCAUCCAACACACCCCAGUACUGUAGCUGUUGGUUCCAAAGGUGGAGACAUCAUCCUUUGGGACUAUGAAGUACUUACUAAAACCUGCUUCAUAAAAGGGAAAGGGCCAGGAGAUUCUCUUGGAGACAUCAAGUUCAGUCCUUAUGAGGCAGUGAAGCUUUAUGUGGCAUCAGGGGAUGGCACCCUAAGUCUGCAGGACCUUGAGCGCAGAGCGGUGCAGGUGAUCUCCCGUGCACCGGACUGUGGCCAUGAGCACCAUAAUGUUUGUUGCUGGUACUGCAGUGUUGAUGUUUCUGCAAGCUGCCGUGCAGUGGUGACAGGUGAUAAUGUGGGCAACGUGGUCCUGCUCAGCACUUCUGGUAAAGAGAUUUGGAAGCUGAAAUUGCACAGGAAGAAGGUGACUCAUGUGGAGUUUAACUCCCGGUGUGAGUGGUUGUUGGCCACAGCGUCUGUGGAUCAGACAGUCAAAAUCUGGGACCUCAGAAACAUCAAAAACAAAAUGAAUUUUCUUCAUUUGCUUCCUCAUGACAAACCUGUCAAUGCAGCUUACUUCAGCCCAACAGAUGGUGCCAAACUCCUGAGCACAGACCAGCGCAGUGAAAUCAGGGUUUACUCAUCUUCAGACUGGACCAAGCCACAGCAUCUAAUCCCACAUCCACACCGGCAGUUUCAGCACCUCACGCCUAUUAAGGCAACAUGGCAUCCUCGCUAUGACCUCAUUGUAGCAGGUCGCUACCCAGACCCCAAGUUCCCAGGGUACACAGUGAACGAGCUACGAACUGUUGAUGUAUUUGAUGGAAACACCGGGGAGAUGGUUUGUCAACUCCAUGAUCCAAAUGCUUCUGGUAUAAUCUCGCUCAAUAAAUUUAACCCUAUGGGAGACACGCUGGCUUCUGGCAUGGGCUUUAAUAUUCUGAUCUGGAGCCGGGAGGAGAUGGUGGCCAAGAAGCAAGAACACCUUUUGAAAGCCAUGACAGAACAGGGGAUUGGAAGCUGGAGUUUGUCUAGACGUGGAGGGCAGAGGCAGACAAACCCUGGCACGAGCAAACUCAAAGCUAAUUUACUGUCUUGGGAGCUGGAAGAGACGAGAGCAAAAAGCAAUGACUCUAAAUCACAGGGAAGGAAGCGAAAAGGGAAGGAUCUAGAGAACUGAUUUAGUAUUUUGAUCCUUUCUGGAUCACAGGGUACAAAUUCAGCGUUGGCAAUGGGCAGUAUAAGCUGUGCAGGGCAUUAGACCUGUACUUUGUCCUUCCUCCCUGGAUCUGAUCUUGCUUCCCUGAUUCCCUUUGCUUCUC